CAGAAUUUUGAGUUAUGAGUUCUUUUUAGCUUAUUGGGUUCUAGAUAAAUCAUUUGUAUAUAUUAACUGGAUUUCCUAACACAUAUAUAGAGUUCUAGCCGAAGUUACUGAAUUCUGUCGAACCCAUAACAUACUUAUGGAAUCACAAAGGAGUACUAUGAUUGAACGCUCAUUUGAUUGUUACUCGACAGAGUUCCUAGAAUCUCUUGAUCAAUUGCCUGGUUGUUUCACUAUUAUUGAUCCUUACAUUUCUGGUAACCCCAUUGUGUACGCUUCACGGGGGUUCUUGGAAAUGUUUGGAUAUUCGAAAUAUGAGGUAAUUGGGAGGAAAGGGAGAAUAUUUUAGGGUCCUAAGACUAAUCGAAGAUCGGUUUUGGAGGUCGGUGAGGCGAUUCGAGAGGAGAGGGAUAUACAAAUCAGUUUGUUGAAUUAUAGAAAAGAUGGGAGACCAUUUUGGAUGUUCUUUCAUAUGUGUCCUGUUUUCGACGAGAAGGAUGGGAGACUGAUUCAUUUAUUGGGAUUUCAAGUUUCAAUUUUGAGGAGGCCAAAGCCAUCUAGAGUUGGACUAAAUUUAUGCCAAGAUGGAGCUGGCUGUAGAGAAUCUGUGCUUAGGUGUUAUAUAAGGGAAGUCUACUCCAUGAGCAUGGAAUGGGAGCUGCCUGUUACGUUGGGUUCAAGCUUGGAAUUCACAGGAGUAGAUGUAGAGGGGCCUUGUGUUGCAAGUGAUCUUGAGAAGAGAAAAGCCACUACUGUUGUAAAAAAAAUACUGACUGUGCUGAGACACAACGGUGAAUCAACAGGCAAACUGGUCGGUGGGAAGAGACUCUCUCCAUCUGGGAUGGGUUUGCUCGGACCAUCAUUAAAUAUAUCUUUUUGUAGAAUCAAACAAAGCUUUAUAUUAACCGAUGCCAACUUACCUGUCAUGCCAAUUGUCUUUGCAAGUGAUACCUUUCUUAAAUUAACAGGCUUUUCCAAAGAUGAAGUUUUGGGCUAUAACUGUAGAUCUUUAAGUGUGAUAAACACAGAUUCAAGCUCACAAUUUUGGAAUGAACAACCACGUACAGUAUGCAUGUAUUACAGAAAAGACGGAACCUCAUUUUGGCUUCACAUUUCACCUGUACGGAAUGCUUCAGGAAAGAUAGAACUGAUGAUCUCAAGAUGCACUCUUGCUACCAGAAAGGCCAAUUACAGAACCAUUAUUGCGGAUGAGUCUAUCCAUGGAAACAAACUGAUGCAAAAGCCCAUAAUUGACAUUUUAUCAUCUUGCAAGAGGAUGCAGUCUUUAAAAGACAUCGUACCAGCGGCAGGGAACAAUAUAAACACAAAAUUUAUUGUCUUGGACAAAGAGAGGAUAGCUUUGUCUCAAUAAAACAAAGGUAGGAUAGGUGUAGAAGAGCAACCAAAGAUCUGUUUGGCAUUAAUGGCAGAUGAGAUAGCUGCAGUUCAAGUUCAAAUGUGGGGUGAUGAAUGUGAUGCUUUUGAGCCAAGGGAUAUUAUCCGGUUGUAAAAUGAGAUCUUUUCUUACCUCAACAAGAAGCAUGUGCUAAGGGCAGGCUGGCGAGGCAAGGUAGAAAAGGUGGAAGAGUUUACCAUGGCCUACGUGGAGAACCAAACAUGAGUGAGCUACCUUGGACCUCUGAUCCCAAUACAAAGAAUUUUUUUCUUCCCACGAAUGCAUCGAGUAUUGGGCAAUCUUAUAUCAGCUACUUUCCUUGAUAGUUACAUUUUUUCUAACAUGGGCAAAAGAGCAUCUCAAAAGUUGUAUGACUGUAAUCAACACUAGGUAGGAACGUGAUUCACAAUUUCAGUGCAUUCAACAACGACAACAUGUUGGCUAUGGGAAAGAAAAUUCUGAAAAAUAGUUACAUGUGCAUUGUGUGUUAUAGUUAAUUGCAGAGUUAAUAGAAGCCUGUAGUUCAUUACUUAUUACCUUAUUGUCGUCCUUAAAAAAGAACUCCUUCCCUAGCUUGAAAUAUUUCGAUGUCACGUGUAACAAAGUGAGAUUAAGAAAAGAUAUAAUAACAACCAACACAAUUUUGGGUCGUGCUCAGCAUAGGCAACCUUUUCUAAUAACUUAGAAGCAAGGGUGCAUAUCCAAACUAUAUCGAUCAAACUACAAAGUAUACAUAAAUUGUAUUAUUAUACUGUCAUAUGUCCAAUGCUAUUAGCCAGAAGAAACAGCCAAUAAUCAAGUAUUCUCCAUGAUACUCUGGAUGAAACCUCCAAUAAAAGUGUAAGAAGAGAGCCACCUUCCAUGGUUGCUGCUCUGCUCUUCUCCUUUAUCUCUUUCACUUUUAUUCGGAUUUUAUUAUCCGGGUCCAUAAGUUCCCUUAUUGCUUUCUCAACCUUCCUUGGCUUUCACUAUAAAUUCUUGGCCCAUCGUCACUUUCGGAUCCUUUCUGUAAUCCAUUUUAAUCUCGACUGCCAUUGCCAAUUCCUUAAACCAAUUGAAAUGCAUUUGCUUGCAGGUCUGCGUACAUUGGCCAAGUAACAAUUGGCACUCCAAAAUAAAUGCUUUCCAAACUCGAAUUCCACUCACAAUGUGACACAAAACCUCCUACUGCUUUGUGUGAUAAAUUGACAACUGAAUUCCUUCUUCCCACGAAUGCAUCAAGUAUUGGGCAAUCUUAUAUCAGACAGGUACUUUCCUUUCAACUCUCGUCCUUAAUAGUUGCAUUUUUUAGCAAAAGAGCAUCUCAAAAGUUGUAUGACUGUAAUCAACACCAGGUAGGAACGUGUUUCACAAUUUCAGUGAAUACAACAACAACAUGUUGGCUAUGGGAAAGAAAAUUCUGAAAAAUAGUUACAUGGGUAUUGUGUGUUAUAGUUUAUUGCAGAGUUAAUAGGAGCCUGUAGUUAAUAAAUUUUUCAUUACUUAUUACCUUAUUGUUGUCCUUAAAAAGACCUUCCCCUGAAUCAUGGGCAUAGUGGGAGCUUUAGUGCUGCCCUUGAUAAGUACGCAGAUAAAUAUUAUUCUAAAAACAUUUAUAUGUAAUUUGGGUGUUACUGUGUGGAGGACAAAAUGGUUAGUUCGUCUUCUCAACCUGCUGUAAGUCUUUUUAUUGAUUGCUAGAUUGGAACUCUUUUAUCACUUAGUCUAAAUAUAUUGCUGACUUGUUAAUAAUAAGUUGUAUCUGUAUUUUGGCAUUUUUUAAGCCAGUUGGAUGUGUCUAUAAGCAUUGAAGUUGGAGAUUCGGUAUUAGUGUCCUUAAUAGGAUCUCAAAAAUGUUUCUUUCCUCCUUUUUCAAAUUCCUCCGACCCAAAUUUCAUUACUUAGUGUUAGCUUUUGUUUGUACAAAACUACAUUGUAUUUGGUUUGACUGUUCAAUAGAUGUUUUGUGACAUCUUAACAUGAGGCAUGUAAUUGGCUAAUGACGUCUUUGUCACAAAAUUCUUAGAAAACAAACGUUUGUCUUGUGUUAUCUCUUCCUCUGUGUAUAGUAGUAAUUUGCAAGCUUCUUAUAGGAGAUGGCUAGAUGUGUGAACACCAUAAUUUUCUGCUUUUUCUUUGGUGCUUAUGGACGGUUAUAUUCGUAUCAAGCAGAUAUCACAAACUAAUAUUUGGGCCUGAUAAUUUGGGUUCCGGUACAGUUGAUGGCCUAAAUUGUACAAACUUUGCUUUUAUCUGAUGUCUAAUUUCUUUACUGUUGGUGAUUACAUUACAAUUUUAUUAAUCAUACCCUAUAUUUCUGUGUCGAUGAUUUAGGACGAAAAAAGAAACAAAUGAAAGGGAAAUUAUGAGGAGCAAUAUAUUUGAAGUACAAAAAAUGUAUCUAUCUUUACUAUUCGUGUGUUUUAAUUCCUCCCAAUUUCCUUAAAGUUCAAACCCACCCCUCAAUUUUGGUGUACAAUUCAAUAUAAAUGAUUAUCUUUUGUAAUACAGUUAGGAAAUAUGAGCGAUAAACAAGUUUGGCUAUGAUCUUGAAAGCUUUAGAUUUCUUCUGCAUUGUUAUUGUAGAGCAAGUAUGCCAUAUUUGGGUUGGGAAAUGAGAAGGGAUUUGGGAUCUUAUGAUAUGUCGGUGAUAGUGAUAUUGUUGUAUAUUAAUCUUUUUAUGCAACUUAAUUAUUAAGGUUCAUAACAAAAUUACGCGU